AAUAAAAAAAAUAGACAGUUUAACAGUAUUUUCAUUCUUAUUCUGCCAAAAAUGCUUGAUUUCUUUACAAUUCUAACGAAAGGUGGAAUUGUUCUUUGGUCUAAAUCUUUUACUCGUAUUACUUCGUCACCGGUUAAUUCUUUAAUUGGAGAUGUAUUAAUUGAAGAAAGGGCUGGAGAAAAUAGUUAUACUAAAGAUUCUUAUAGCUUAAAAUGGACAUUCGCAAAUGAACUAGAUCUUAUUUUUGUGGCUGCUUAUCAAAAAAUUCUUCAACUUGCAUAUAUUGAAGAACUUCUUGCUACUGUCAAGAAAUUCUUUUGUGAUAAAUUUGCCAAUUUUAUUAAAGACUCUGGUAAACUUCACAAAUUCGAUUUCGAUGAGGAUUUUGGCGCAAUAUUAAAUAAAAUCGAAGAAAAGGAUUCCAAGAGUCAUGAGAAGUUAUCUAAACCACGACCAUUUGAAAAAACUAAAAAAUUUAAAGAAACUGCAGAAGGAUCGAAAAAACUUAGUGUGAGUGACAUAUCAAAACCUCCUACGAACCCAAUUAUCAGUGAAGACGAAAUUGCUCGUAAUAUUGAAGAACUUCAUCGAUAUAAUGGAAAGCGUGGACGUGGUGGACGAAAACAGUCUGGAACUGGUAGACCUAAUGUUUCAUCAGACGAAAAGAAGCAAGCUAGAAAGAAAACAAUGCGUGUAUGGGAUGAUAAAGUGUCAAAAGCAGAAAUGGAAAGUUUGGAUUAUAGUGGAGAUAAGGGUGAUAGCGAUAAAUCGUCAUCAGUAGAUCCACAAAAUUUGGUUGACCAAAAUCAAUUGGGUCAGUUUCAGGAUGGGUAUUAUGAAGUACAAGAUAUAGGUCAAGAUGACGACGAGGAUGAAUUUGAAGAGGAUGAUUAUAAUGAAACAAACGACACUUCAGUCGAAAAUAAUAGCGGAUCUAGCAUAUUGUCAUUUUUUAAAAGUAUUACCGGACAGAAAGAAAUUACAGAACAGGAUCUCGUUCCAGUAUUAGCGAAAAUGAAGGAACAUUUAAUUAAAAAAAAUGUUGCAGCUGAUAUUGCAGCUCAUUUGUGUGAUUCCGUUGCAAGAAAUCUUGUAGGACAAAAGACCGGAAGUUUUAAGAGCAUUCAGUCAACUGUGAAACAAUCCAUGGAGAUGUCAUUGAAACGUAUACUCACACCAAAGACAUCGGUUGAUUUGCUACGUGAUAUUGCGCAAGCUCAGUCCGAUUCACGUCCUUAUACGAUUUGCUUUAUUGGAGUAAACGGAGUUGGUAAAUGUUUUGCAAAGGGAACCAAAAUUUUAAUGUAUGAUGGUACACAUCAAAAUGUCGAAGAGCUCAAUGUGGGAAAUCAAAUUAUGGGAGAUGAUGACAAUCCGAGAACUAUUCAGUCUACUACGAAAGGUGAAGGUAUAAUGUACCGUAUUAUCCCGAAUGAUAAGGGUCCAGCAAAAUUUUUCGAAUGUAACGAUCAACAUAUUCUUGUACUUAAAUUUGCUGCUGAACCAUACAUGCGAAGUGAAGAAAUUCCCAUCAUAAAUCGUAGUCCAAGGAUUCGCCUCUUUUGGUAUGAAUAUGACACACAGAAUAACAUGAUCGUUAAAAAGAAUGAUUCUUUCUAUUACGGCCCUGGCGAAGAUUAUCCUAAAAAAGAGGUAGCCAAGAGAGCAGCGAUACGAGAAAUGGCGAGAAGACCCAAUCUUGUAUCAUCAGAUUUCAUUUGGGAGAUACCAAUUAAAGAUUUCUUGACUGCGUCGGAUGAAAUACAACGAAGUUGUCUUAUGUUUAAGCCAAAUCAAGUUAUUUUUAAAUCGGUACAAGGAAGGUUUCGCGUUAUUUUAAGCAAAAUUCUUGGAGUCAGCCCUACUAAUUCUCAAAUUUCGGCUGCUUCAUGGCUUGUUGGUGUUUGGAUCGGUGGUGGAAUUGUAAAAUCACCCAUUAUUUAUGUUAAUGAAAAUGAAAAGGAGAUUUUAAGAGCUAUAGAGCAAUACAGUGAAAUGUUGAAUUGGAGAUAUAUGAAAGAAUUACAUAAAGCUAAAUUAGAUGAUUCAGAAUGGAAAAUUUCAUUUAUGAGCGAUAAUGAUAUUGAAAACGGGUUCUAUGUCCUUCUUCAAACGUUGGAUAUUUUGGACACUAAAAAAGUGACACCAGUUAUUAUGACUGAUGAACUUGAUCAGGUUCGCUUGCCUCUACUCGCUGGAAUUUUAGACAUUAGUAGCCAUUUACUAGAAGAGAACAGAAAUUACAGAUAUGUUUACCGGUCCCUUCACGAGCGAUGUGAACAAAUCUGUAAUCUGGCAAAUUUAUCAGGGUUUUAUUCUACAAACAUAGUUUCAAACAUGAAAGAGUGUUCAGAUAAUAUAACGACCCCAUCUUGUUGUACGAUUAUCAGUGGCAAUAAGUUAGAAAAACUUCCUUUAGUUAUCUCACGUAAGAAAGUAUUCAGAAAUCGUGAUCAUCCCAAAUUUAAUCGCGAUAUGGUAUGGGGAUUUAAAGUAGAAAAAGUUGGCCUUGGGUCAUAUUAUGGGUUCAAGGUUGAUAAAAACGAGCGUAUUUUACUAGCAGAUUUGACAGUGAGUCAUAAUUCCACAAAUUUAUCAAAGACUUGUUUUUGGUUAUUACAAAACGGAUUAAAGGUCCUUAUUGCAGCAUGUGAUACUUUUAGAUCAGGUGCCGUAGAACAAUUAAGAGUACAUGUUAGGAAUUUGAAUGCUUUAGGUCAAAAUUCAAAUGUUGAAUUAUAUGAACGUGGAUAUGGAAAAGAUGCUGCUGGGAUAGCAAAGGAUGCUAUUAAUUACGCCAAAAUAAACAAAUUUGAGGUUGUAUUGAUCGAUACGGCGGGACGUAUGCAGGACAACGAACCAUUAAUGCGAGCGUUAGCUAAGUUGGUUUCGGUGAAUAAUCCCGACAAGAUUAUAUUCGUCGGUGAAGCAUUAGUUGGCAAUGAAGCCGUUGAUCAACUCACGAAAUUUAAUCAAGCUUUGAAAGAUUUUUCAGGGUUACAAAAUCCAAGACAUAUAGAUGGAAUGAUUUUGACGAAAUUUGAUACAGUUGAUGAUAAGGUUGGGGCAGCCUUAUCAAUGACUUAUACAACCGGACAACCGAUUUUAUUUGUUGGAACCGGUCAAACGUAUACAGACUUAAAGAACAUGAGAGUUGGACAUAUCAUUCACUCUCUUCUUAAAGAAUGAAAUUUGAGGCUCACAAAUCAGUCUGAUUUAAUGAUGAACGUGGUUGAACACUUUGAACAUUUAAUAUUUAAUCAAAAAUCACAUUAUUACUAAUAAGAAAUUUUUUUUUAAUUUAAUUUUUAUUUAUUUAAAAAUUUGGGGAACUGAGAAAAUCAAUAAUUAUUUUAUUUUAUUUUAUAUAUGUUUUGAUUGAUUUAUCAUUAUUAAUUUAACAUCAUUUCUGAUCAAAAUCAAUGGUUUAAUGAUAGAGAAUACAUGUCAGAGAGAAUACGCGUGAUAGAGAGAACAUUUGUGAUAGAAGAAUAUGUAUAGUAAUGAGAAUACGAAUGUAGAGAAUGUAGUACGUGUAUUGAGAAUAC